GAGGGGUUGUUAGUCGGCGGCGGUAGGGCGGCAGCAGCAGCCCACAGCACCCAUGUUCAGUGGAGAGUCAGUGGAAGGUUCCCCCAGAUGACCGACGCAGACGUCUGGGAAUGACAGCCGCUGUCACCGAGAGUGACAGCUUUCGCUCUCUGUCGCCGCACCUUGACUAGCCUUGACUAGCCCCGGAGUGACGCGCUCUAUCAGUCGCACGCCAAAGAAGUGACACGGAGCCGGUCAGAACUAUGCCAGAGAUGGAGAAAGGGAGACCGCCGGAAAACAAACGCAGUAGGAAACCCGCGCACCCCGUCAAGAGAGAGAUCAACCAAGAGAUGAAGACGUUUGCAGAGAGCACCAUGAAUGAGCUCCUAGGCUGGUACGGCUAUGACAAGUUGGAGCUCAGAGACUCCGAGGCCACCGAGAUACGGAACUACCCCAACCGUGAGAGACGCCAGCAGCACGUCUCAGUUCUUAAAGAAAACUCGGUGCCCAAAUCCAAGAGCCUAGACAGCCCCAUGACACUGGCCAUGAGGAGUGGAGAGAGAGAAUCAUCCAGAGUCCCCUCUUCCUCCCCCGGUUCCUCCUCUCUGACCAGCCCUAAGGAGCAAAAGAGUGCCCCCGUAAUUGUUCCGCUUAUAAAGCCAUCGGCAGUGGAAGACGUGCAGAAUGUGCAGAUAGUGUGUGUGUGGUGUCAGAAGGAAGGGGUGAAGCGCUACUCUCUCUGUAUGGGCACCGAGCUGAAGAGCUUCUGUAGUGAGAAGUGCUUCGCCGCCUGCCGACGGGCCUACUUCAAACGCAACAAGGCCCGGGAUGAGGACCUCCAUGUAGGGGAGAGGUCCCCCCAACACACCCAUGCUGAUGAUUCACCACGACUCGUGCUGAACAGUGGAGGGGCCAGAUCUCUCUCGCCUGUACCGCAGGUGUGCAACUGGUGCAAGCACGUCCGCCACACCAAAGAGUACCUGGACUUUGGCGCCGGUGAGGAGCGGCUCCAGUUUUGCAGCACCAAGUGUCUGAACCAGUACAAGAUGGAUGUGUUCUACAGAGAGGCCAGGGCCACUCUCACCAGCUCCAGCCCAGGAAGACCAACCCAGGAGGGGAGACCCGAGUCCACCGGAGGGGUCCAGAACCAGAAGCUCCUGACCCCUGAAUCGUGGAGCAGCAAUGCUGGGGACGUGAGGGGGACGACCAGGUCGCCCAAAGGUCAGACGCCGAUCAAUGGUACAGUGGCACCAAGGACUGUGUCUCCAUCCGAGGCGUCAUCUUCGUCAUUGAAGGUUAACAUUUCAGGACUGAGGCACCUGGAGAGGCACGUCCUGCCACCACCCGCGCAGGUAGCGAGCCACCACCCCGCCCCCCACCCUCCUCACCCCCCCAUGGAGCACCACAAGGCCAUGCCUCAGAUCCCGCUGCCCUUCAUCCGGCCCCCUCUCCACGCCCAGGGCCUGAAGAGCCCCCUGGCCAACCCCCCCAGGGGCCACCCUGGCCCCCCUUCCAGCCCCAUCCACCAGCCUCCCCCUCACUCCCCCCAUCACCCCCACCAACCCCACCUCCAGCCCCCAUCGGCCACCUCCAUGAACCCACCCGGAAUACACCCCUACCCAGGGGCCUACUUCCCAGGCUUGCACUCCCCCCCUAUCAACAUGAUGGGGCUCCGUGGCCCCGUGCCCAUGCUCCCUAUGAUGAACUUCGGGGGAUGGCCGUCUUUAGGCCCCUUCUUCCCCCAGCCCACGGUCCUGGUGCCCUACCCCAUCAUUGUACCAAUCCCAGUCCCCAUCCCCAUCCCUAUCCCAAUACCCAUACCCCCUAAAUCUGCUCCUCCAGAAGCCCCAGGGGUCCCCCACAGUGGGGUUAUCCAGCCCGUGCCGGAGGGGAUAGAGGGGGGACGCUCCAGGGGUGUCAAUUUGCCUUCUCCCAAGAGCUUGGCGGCCAACAGAUUGGGUAGAUCCACCAACCAGGGUCUCCCCUCACCCUCAGACCACCCCAGAAGGGACAUCACAGAUUGGGUGAAGUUAGAGAGGCAGGCUCAGUCACCCAUGUCGAUCCCUCACAGUGCAGUGUCCUCCCCCAGGGCUCGCUACGAUGCUUCCCCAUCUUCCACCUCAGUGAUUGAGGGGCUGUCAGACUUUAAGCUGAGCCAGCAGCAGCAGCCAGAGAGGCAGGUCAUCCAGAGAGUGCUCCAGAGGACCCCGGUCAAACUGGAGCCCAACCCCCACGGAGUGGUGGACCUGUCGGGUCCGGGUGAGCCCGGAAUGGGGCAAGGCACCAGGCUGGUGGAUACCAGAGUGGACCACCACAACCACCACCAUGACAUUAUCAAACCCACCCCUCCACUAACCCAGUCAUCCCCUCUUCUGCACAACACCGCCUACCCCCAGAGCCCUAACAUACGACCCCCCUCAGACACCCCACCAACUCCCAGAGGGGAAUGCAGCAGCCCUCCCUGCGAUACCGCCACCCCCUCCCCCUCAACACUCCCAGACGUCCCCAAACAAACAACACCGUCAUCAUCCCCCGAUCCUGCUCCCAGCCCAGACUCCUCCCAGUCUCAGAGAGAGGCCCCGCCUCUUGGCCCUGACGCCGCCCUCAGUGAGCUAGAGGCAGUCAAAGAGAACAGCUGCUCCAAUGGACAGGUCCAGCUUCCAUCCAUCCCCACCAGCCAAUCAGAGGGGCCCUCGGCCGCUGGCGACGCCGAGGACCCCCACGUCCCAGAUGAGGACCAUGCCUAUGCCCUGCCCACCCCCAACCUUACACCCACCAGAACGGGCGGUGCCCCCACCAACACCCCCACCACUCUCCUCCUGCCCAAGCUUAGGGACAAGGGUGUUCUACUAUGCCCACCGAGUGUGGCUGGGCCUGGGGAUAUGGAGCCUGCUCUGAAGAGACGGUGCCUCCGCAUCCGAGAUCAGAUCAAGUAGGGAAGGGAGCGGUACCAGAUCCAGUGCCCCGCCCUCUUGGGUACAUCACCAGCACCAACGCCCUCCCUCCAACCCAUUACUCAGCCACCUGGGAGAUCAACUCCACCCUUCUUCUGACCCCGACGUGCCAAUCAAGGAAGCAGUCCAAUGGGAGAAGCAGUCCAAUGGGAGAAGCAGUCCAAUGGGAGAAGCAGUCCAAUGGGAGAAGCAGUCCAUGUGCACUUCCAGUACAUUCACAGCACAAGAGUGUGUGUGUGUGUGUGUGUGUGUGUGUGUGUGUGUGUGUGUGUGUGUGUGUGUGUGUGUGUGUGUGUGUGUGUGUGUGUGUGUGUGUGUGUGUGUGUGUGUGUGUGUGUGUGUGUAUAUGCACGCUGUAUGUACCUUUAUGUGGCAUUUCUGGACCUUCCCAAGGGACAGACAAUUCCAUCUCUGAUCUCUCCCAUAGUCCAGGAGCCUAUGAAGCCAGCCCAAAGAGCCCACUCAGCCCAGUUCCCAGAUACAAUCCUCAGCCAUAGUCAGGGGCUCUACACUGCACUAGAUGGUAGGCUGCUAGGCUACAAUCAGCAGCCUUGUGUGGUCUUCUCCAAUGGAGACUGAACCUGAUCUCUUUCCUGGGGAAAUGGUUUGUUUUCUCUGCCCGGCUCCACACAAAGAGCCACAUUGUUCCUCUCCCCCAUAUCCCACACUGACUCUCCUACUCUGGUUUUGGGUUACCUGGCUAACAGGGGCUCAGGCUUCAGGAGGAGUUUGUCUUUUUAAAUUGUUCUGUCUGACGGAGGGCCAGGAAUAUGUGUGUACCCUUCUCCUUCUUUCCUGUCCUUUCCACCCCGCAGUCCCCUCUCCAAUGGUACACACACUAGUCCUAAAGUGUGACUCUGACACCAAUUGCUUGUUAAUGUCCUCUUCCCCUCCUAUUUCCCCCCUCUAUGGACGAGGGUCAGUUCAGCACAUAUUUCUCUGGUGGUUUUCUGUUUGAAAGAGGGAUGGAUCCCUUGGGGCAAUGAAACAUGACAAAAUAAUUAACUGUAAACUAUGUAAUAUGAUAAUGAAAGAGAGUCCCAUAUAUCAUGAAAUCCACUAUUUGUGACUUGCCUGAGACCGGAAGACUUGUGUCAGCUCCCCAAAACGAAUGCCUAGGUUUUGGCUCGAAGGGCUAACACAGUCUUGUGGUGCGCCGGAGACCCAGCUUUCGAACCCAGUCAUUUGAUUUACAACACUGACUCGGCAAUGUGACAGAGGUAGAUCAUUUCAGUGUCCAAACCUACUCACUCUGUUGACGCUCUUUAUCUUACUCAGAUGACUCCUUUUGGUGGGUUUGGGCAGUCAUGUUACCAGCCAUGGUAUUAUUUUGAACUGUCAAAGGCUGCAAAAAAGCAGCUAUCAGUAUUACAGUUUCCCCUAGUCUGGGGGUUUAUAAUGAUGAUACUAACUAUAAGCCUGGUCCCAGAUCUGUUCAUGCUGUCUUGCCCACUCUUCUGGUCAUUGUCAUGCCAAACAGCACAAACAGAUCUGGGAUUAGCCUGAAAACGAUCUAGUGGUAGCAUCAUCAUCUGGAGGCCUUGCCAACACUCAUCAUCACAUUGUGAGAAUUCACUUUCAGUUUUUGCUUUACAUAGACUUUGACUUUAUAAUAAUUUAUGAAUGAUGCCUUCAUAGAUCUCCAGAAAGUGCUUUAUUGAUUUUUAUUUCGAUCCUGAUUAUUAUACUGUAUUUGUUUGCGAGUGCCGAAGCUCUUACCAGUGUCCAAAUGUUUUGUUUGAAUUUGUCCACUAGAGUGCAGUGUCUGUCUAUGGAACAUAGCAACUACCUGUCUCAUAUACCUUAUAUAAAUAAUUUUCAAUAGUGUACACAAUUGUUCAUUCAACCAUACAUUUACUGCCAAUUAUAAGUCUUGUCUUUUUUCACGACAGCCCAGUUUCAACAAUGCCUCGAUCUAUGCCUCGAUCCAGCCACAGAACAUCGCCUAUUGCCAUCACUAUAGCCAAAGUAGAACAUUGCCACAACCAUAGAAAUACAAUUCCUAGAAGGAUGUCCCGAUUCAAGUCAAUGAGGCCAUAAUGGGUCAUUCUAUUUCUAUGGCCACAACAACAUUGCCAAGUCAUUGGCUGGAAAGCAGACUCCUUGCUACGGGGGAGUGACCACACUGGCUUUCCAGGGUCUUUCUAUAGUCAUGACCUCGAAUAGCCUCCUGACCCACACUCCCCUCUCUCGCACACCCACACAAACACACACACACAUGCCUCUGCAAUCUCAAAACUGCAUUCCAAAAAGAACGUCAAUCAGCAUGUAACCAUGGUGAAAAGUAGCUAAUUCCAGUCAACAUGCUCACCCCAGGUUAUACCCUGUAGUGUCAUUGUAAUCUUAGUCUGGCCAAGGGACUGUGUCAACAACUAUAUGAGUCAGUGGUGGCGUCACUUGGCAUCUCUAUACUAUCAGUCUUGUGAUAUCGGGGAUAGUCCCCUAGCCAUACCUUUAGUGCAGUGUUUCCCAACCCUGGUCCUCCAGGACCCCCAACACUACACAGUUUAGUUGUAGACCUUGACAAACACACCUCAUUCAACUCAUUGAGGGCUUGAUGAUUAGUUGACAAAUGAAUAAGGUGUUCCUGUCUGUGGUUACAAUAAAAAUGUGUGCUGUUGGGGGUGUUGGGAAACACUGCUUUAGUGGCCAAGAAGUGAACAAAAAACUGCCAUGGUAUAUUACCCAUCUGCCUAUAGUAACUAACUCAAACCCUAACCCUAUAGUAUACUACACCUACCAUCACUGUCCCUCACCUGUUUAUUCAAGACUGUGGGGGGGAAAUUGGGAAGAACAAAAAAAAAUGCUAAGUUGUCUGAAACCCAUAGAUUGUGGACUCGGGACACUCAUUGAACAUGUAAGGCACCAUAUAAUUGACAAUUCACUGAUUGUUUGUAUUUAGGCCUAAAUUAAUAGCAUCAACUGGGAGCUGUUUGGUGGAUACCUAUUUGUAAAGUGAAUAAAGGCUAUUCUGAGAACAA